AUGGAUCUAUAUAAUAAAGCUGUUAAUGCCACAUUCAUUCGUCCUGCAAAAUUCUAUCUCAGUGGUUUUUCCAAACUCGCUCAUGUUAAGUAUUUCUAUGUCUUCUUGUGUUUUGUCUAUAUCAUGACUGUUCUUGGAAAUGGCAUCCUUCUCUCAGUUAUUUGCCUGGUCAAGACUCUUCAUAGUCCUAAAUACAUGAUUGUGUUUAACCUGGCUCUGGCAGAUUUGUGUGGGAGUACAGCUCUCAUACCGAAAGUUUUAGACACUUUUUUAUUUGACAGGAGAUACAUUGUCUAUGAGGCUUGUUUAAGUUAUAUGUUCUUUGUUCAUGUCUUUGCAUUUGUGCAGUCAUGGACACUGGUGAUAAUGGCAUAUGACAGAUUUAUAGCAAUUUGUUUCCCUUUAAGGUACCAUAUAAUUGUGACUAAACCAGCUAUUGCUGCCAUGCUGCUGACUGAGUGGGUUUUUUUAGUGAGUCUCUUAGCAUUUAUUGUUGGGAUUAUUGAUCGCCUCUCCUUCUGUAGAUCUCUGGUGAUAAAGAGCUUUUACUGUGAUCAUGCACCAGUAUUUCUUCUGGCCUGUAAUGACAUAUCUUUAAAUAGCAUAAUGGCAUAUGUUGUUUUCGUUUUAAUCAUCUGUAUUCCUCCCAUACUGAUAGCAUUGACAUAUGUUUGCAUUUCCAUAGCACUGGCCAGGAUCGCAUCAGGAGAGGAGCGACUCAAAGCUUCUAAAACCUGUACUUCUCACCUCAUUCUUGUGGCCAUUUUCUUCCUUCCCAUUUUGGGCACCAACAUAGCAGCAGUAACCUCCUACAUCCAUCCUAACACCAGAAUCAUGAACUCCACCUUAACAAACACAAUACCAGCUUUGCUCAAUCCUAUUGUAUACUCUUUAAAGACUGAAGAAGUGCUCGUCUCUAUCAAGAAGCUUUGCAAAAGACACAGAAUUGGCAACACAACUAAAAAAUGUGUGGACAAUGUUAGGAAGGAGAAGGAGAAGGAGGAGGAGGUCAUGACCUUAACGCGACACUGA